CGGCAGCGGCAUCCUUUGCCCAUGAGGGCCUGAUGGAAAACACAAAGGACCUGUUCUGGUGUGAAAUGAGAAUAUACCACAGAAAAGCUCCACAGUUUUCUGAAGAGAAAAUGACUGAACAUUCUUCAAGAUCUGAAAGGAAGAGACGUGAUUCUUUCGGGAUGUUUGAUGGUUAUGAUAGCUGUAGUGAGGAUACCAGUAGUAGCUCAAGCUCUGAUGAGAGUGAAGAGGAAGUUGCACCCUUACCCUCAAACCUCCCAAUUAUCAAGAACAAUGGACAGGUCUACACAUAUCCAGAUGGCAAAUCUGGCAUGGCUACCUGUGAAAUGUGCGGGAUGGUUGGUGUCAGAGAUGCCUUUUACUCUAAAACCAAGCGUUUCUGCAGUGUUUCCUGCUCAAGAAGUUACUCAUCGAACUCUAAGAAGGCCAGCAUUCUGGCCAGACUUCAGGUAACGGGAAAACCUCCAACAAAGAAGGCUAAAGUGCUACAAAAACAACCUUUAGUUGCUAAAUUAGCUGCAUAUGCCCAAUACCAAGCAACGGUACAGAACCAAUCAAAGACGAAAACAGCAUCUGUUCCAGUGGAAGGCUUCAGUUGGGGCAACUACAUCAAUAGCAAUAGUUUCACUGCCGCUCCUGUUAAUUGUUUUAAGCAUGCACCUAUGGGGACUUGCUGGGGUGACAUCUCAGAAGGUGUACGUGUAGAAGUCCCUAACACAGACUGCAGCCUACCUACCAAAGUCUUCUGGAUUGCUGGGAUUGUAAAAUUAGCAGGUUACAGUGCUUUACUAAGAUAUGAAGGCUUUGAAAGCGAUUCAAGUCUCGACUUCUGGUGUAACAUCUGUGGUCUUGAUAUCCAUCCGGUUGGUUGGUGUGCAACAAGUGGGAAGCCUCUAGUGCCGCCUCGAUCCAUUCAACACAAGUACACAAACUGGAAAGCUUUUCUGGUGAAACGACUCACUGGUGCCAAAACUCUUCCUCCUGACUUCUCUCAGAAGGUGUCAGAAAGCAUGCAGUAUCCCUUUAAGCCUUCUAUGAGAGUAGAAGUUGUUGAUAAAACUCAUCUCUGCCGAACACGGGUAGCAAUUGUAGACAGCGUAAUUGGAGGCAGGUUAAGAUUGGUAUAUGAAGAAAGUGAAGACAAAACAGAUGACUUCUGGUGCCAUAUGUACAGCCCACUCAUACAUCCCAUUGGUUGGUCUCGGAGUAUAGGACAUCGGUUCAAAAGAUCUGAUAUUGCCAAGAAGCAGGACUCUUAUUUUGAUGCACCCCCACAUUUAUUUGCUAAGGUAAAGGAAGCCGAGUCAAGUGGAGAAUGGUUCAAGGAGGGGAUGAAAUUGGAAGCCAUAGAUCCAUUAAACCUUUCUGCAAUAUGUGUGGCAACAAUUAGAAAGGUAUUAGCAGAUGGAUAUCUUAUGAUUGGGAUCGAUGGCUCUGAGGCAGCAGAUGGGUCUGACUGGUUUUGUUACCAUGCCACCUCCCCUUCUAUAUUCCCCGUUGGUUUCUGUGAAAUUAACAUGAUUGAACUAACUCCACCCCGAGGUUAUGCAAAACUACCUUUCAAAUGGUUUGACUACCUCAGGGAAACGGGUUCAGUAGCAGCCCCUGUGAAGUUCUUUAACAAGGAAGUUCCAAACCAUGGGUUUCAUGUUUCAAUGAAGCUGGAGGCUGUGGACCUCAUGGAACCUCGUCUAGUAUGUGUGGCUACAGUAACUCGUAUUAUUCACCGUCUGUUGAGGAUACAUUUUGACGGCUGGGAAGACGAAUAUGAUCAGUGGGUGGAUUGUGAAUCUCCUGACCUUUACCCUGUAGGAUGGUGUCAGCUAACGGGUUACCAACUACAGCCUCCUGCGUCACAAUCAUCAAGAGAUGGUCAGUCAAGCUCGUCAAAGCAGAAGAAAAAGUCAAAGUCACAACAAUACAAAGGACACAAGAAAAAGAGGAAGAUACCAGUUGGGAAGAAGCCUGUCAGUUUGUCGAGCGUCCCCAUGACAGGUGGGGUGCGGAGGAGCUUCUCUGGUGAUGAAGAGUUGACUCCUCCUCAGUAUCGAACCCUUCCAGCACAGACAGCCCCGGAGGCCUGCCAGCCUCCCAGGACUAGCAGAGAGUUCAGUCCCAGCCUCAAAACAGUCUCCUCACUGCAGCUGAAGGAGGAGUUGCUAGAUGGAGAGGAAUACAACUUUCUUCAAGGAGCAUCUGACCAGGAAAGCAAUGGGUCAGCCAGUCACUACAUCAAACAAGAACCCUAAGGGCAGAGCAGGGCAGGAUGGUACAAAAAGAGCCUUUCUUCAAGACUGAUGUUCCCAUUCUGAAGAUCGUUUGAUGGCUUCUACUAAGGGCACUUUGCUAACUGCAGAUAAGAUUUCAAUUCAGAAUUUUUGGAGGAUGAGGAAACUAUUUUAGUGAAAAAGAUUUUUCAAUUUAUUAAAAAUAAUUGACACUUGUGUUGUAUUUGAAGCUUUUAAAAGAAUUUUUGUAAUAUUUUCAAGUUCAGAUUUAUUGUGCAUUGUUAAAAAAAUGAGAUUCUAAUUUUUUGGUAAGAAUUAAAAGCUUAAUUAUAGCAGGAUUGCAGGAAACCCUUUGAAGAAGAUGAGGUGGUAGUAUUUAGUUG